UCCCUUUUCCGCGACAGGAAGUUAACGUGCCUAAGGUGCUUGGUUCUUCACCAGAAGCUAAGGCCCGCAAUCCGGCAACUAGCACCGUCAAAUUUAGGCAUCCGCCCCGUCAAAUAUAAAAUCUAACAUCUACAAUGGCCUCCGUGUCCGAGCUCGCCUGCAUUUACUCCGCUCUGAUCCUCCACGACGAUGAAGUGACCGUCACCGAGGACAAGCUGAAUGCUCUGAUCAAGGCAGCUAAUGUCACAGUGGAGCCCUUCUGGCCCAGUCUGUUUGCCAAGGCCCUGUCCAGCGUUGACAUCGGGAGCCUGAUCUGCAACGUUGGUGCCGGAGGUGGAGCUCCAGCUGGCGCCCCUGCUGCUGGUGGUGCUGCCGCUGCUGGUGACGCCCCAGCCAAGGAGGAGGAGAAGAAAGAGGAGAAGAAGGAAGAGUCUGAGGAGUCCGAUGAUGACAUGGGCUUCGGUCUCUUUGAUUAAAAAUGAUGUUUUUGUAAUAAAAAAACAAAAGUACAGAAACUA